CUUCCUCAUAUUCCUUUGCUUCCGAAUCGGCCAUUGUCCCGGUAGACGCCGCUUCAUUGACAAAAGCCAGUUAAUUCCUCUCGCACGAUGACCGAGUACGACUACUCGCCCGCUGCCUACGAACGGUAUUUGGCGACACAGAACAGGAUCCAGAACUGGGUAUCCAAACAGCCGGUGCAGGCCUCCCAGUAUGCCAACCCGUUCACCCCUGCGACGCCGUCGGAAGCACCGUCGGCCUGCGCGGAUGCGGACCCGUUGAGGGCAGCACCAGCACGCGCCCACCAGCCGCAACUACAGCCACUGCGCAUACCCGUGGCGGAGCGUCGCACUCCCUCGCGAGAGUCGCCACAAAGAUCGACAAGCCGGUAUUCGAGCAAUGCCUCAUUGGCGCCGCGGAGCGCGCCACCUCAGCCGUCAAUGCCGCCGCCCGUAGAUCCUAGACAGUUUGGAUAUCCAGGCGGUGCUGUGGUGCCUGAGCGGCUACGCCCGAGGCCGGCACGCUCACGCACGCUGUCGUACAAUCCUCCCGCCCCGUCUUUUGCACCGGUCAUUCGGCGGCCACUACCACCACCACCAGCACCGAUACCCGUACCGCAGCCGGUCCUCGGUGUACCCUCUCCCAUUCAUGCAAUACCUCCGCCUGUGCAAGGGCACAGCGUUGUGCAGCGUUCAUACCCGUAUCGGUAUGACUAUGCUAGAAAGGAGAUCGUCCUCCCUCCUCCGCGUCCGGGAGACACGUACAUCGUGAUACCGCCAAACGGAGGUCCCAUCCAGAUGGUCCGCCAUGACGGGCCACGGACGCACUCGCGCUCGACGUCGCGCAGUAGCGCUGUUGCCAUGCGCAGCCAGCCAAAGGCUGUACCGUUGUUCAAGAAAAUCCUAUCCUCGAUAAGCCCGCCAACAGUCUACCCUGCGCGGGGUGACCUCUCCCGGAAUGUGAAUGUGCCUCCCCCGAAGAAGUUGAGACGACAUUCCACUAGCCAUAUAUGAGUGAACGCGAUCCAGCUUCGUAUUGUAGAGUCCGUCGCAGUUGCCGCUCACACCACUCGCACCGUAUGUCAUGUCUUUCUGUAGCAUAGGCCAUC